AUGGUUUCAAGGGAAACUAUUGAAAGGCCAAAAGCAACUAUCUCAGCUGGAGUAGUGCUCUGCAGCAAGUGCAGAUGUGAAGCUGAGCUAGAAGUGGUCCUGGACAGGCAGAGUCAGCCCAUUCCGAGUGUUUUUGACAGGAUUGGAACCUCAUCCCAAGAUAGAGCCAGGCGGAAGGAGUAUCCCAGACCAGCCCAGCAUAGCAGGAGGAUGACAGAGCAGCCCAAGAAGGAAAUGUCAAUCAAGAUGCCCGGGAAUGACAAACCUCUGGCUGCUAUCAUAGAAGGAAGGUGGUAUGCUGUCGGGAAAAGCGGCAGACCAACUAUGGAAUUAACCAGAACCCAGAAGAGGAGGGUUCAAAGGCAAUACUGCAUGUUCCUCAAGAGCCACCUCCGGAGACCACUUCCGGCAGAAAAGGGAAAGAUCCAGAAAUACUUUCCCAGGCAGAGCAAGUAA